UCGUUGGGAAACGUUAAACCAGUUUAGCUAUUGUUAGCAAGUUGAGUUCGCGUGAGCUUAUUCUUUAAUUGUAAUGUAGUGGGGCGUGUGUGAAGCAUUCUGCAGAUGGUGUUAUAAACGUAACCUAAACUACAAUACAGCUAAACAGACAUUGCUUCGUUCGUUAUCUACAGUUAACUUAGUGCUUUUGUCAACACACCAGCAAAAUAUUGUUGGAUAUCUAUCUAGACGGGGUUACCUGUUUGCUGGUCAGUCAUGGGAGUGACUGAGCUGUGGUCAAUUCUGACUCCAGUGCGAGAGUCUGUGCCAUUGUACAGUCUAACAGGAAAAACUUUGGCUGUGGAUCUGAGUCUUUGGAUCUGCGAAGCCCAACAUGUCCAAGCCAUGUUGGGCAAAGUCACAAAACCUCAUUUGCGCAAUUUGUUUUUCCGCACGUCUUCUCUUCUUCGAAUGGGUGUGAAGCUUGUGUUUGUUAUGGAGGGAGAAGCUCCCAAGAUCAAAGCAGAAACUAUGAGCAAGAGGACAGAGAUGGUGUUCUAUAGUCGCAAAACCAAGAGUUACCCUAAACCGGCUUUGGACAAAAACACAGGCAGGGGGCGCUUUAAGGCUGUCCUUAGAGAGUGUGCUGAGAUGUUAGACUGUCUGGGUGUACCGUGGGUAGCUGCAGUGGGCGAAGCAGAGGCAAUGUGUGCUUUCUUGGAUGCACAGGGCUUGGUGGAUGGCUGCAUCACUAGUGAUGGAGAUGCAUUCCUGUAUGGAGCUCAAACUGUUUACAGGAACUUCAACAUGAGCACAAAGGACCCUCAGAUAGACUGCUAUAAAAUGUCUAGAGUGGAGAAUGAGCUGCACCUGAAGCGUGAGACACUUGUGGGCUUGGCUGUGCUCCUUGGCUGCGAUUACAUUCCUAAGGGCGUUGCAGGUGUUGGGAAAGAGCAAACUCUGAAGUUGAUACAGAAUCUGAAUGGACAAACUCUUCUUCAAAAGUUCAUUGAGUGGAAGAGAGAUGGCUCAGAGACUCUGGAGGUUGCUGUGAAGAAGGUCAGCCACUGUCUGGUGUGUCGUCACCCUGGUUCUGCUAAAUCUCAUGAGCGUAGUGGCUGUGUGUUCUGUGACAGUAAGCAGUUCUGCCACCCUCAAGACUAUGACUCCCAGUGUCCAUGUGAUUGGCACUGCACUGAGCAUGCUCGCCAGGUCUCCUCUAUUGAAAGUAACAUUAAAAAGAAAACGCUUGCAUGUGACAAGUUCCCUUUCUCAGAGAUCAUCAGUGAAUUUUUGGUUCCAAAGGACAAAGCUGUUCAUAGUUUUAAGUGGAGGAAACCCAACCUUCUCCUCAUGCAGAAGUUUGCUCUGGACAAGAUGGAGUGGCCUAAACACUACACCAGUGAGAAGGUCCUUGCAUUGAUGACUUACACUGAACUUAUGAACAAAAGACAAGGAACAGAAAUUUCAGAGCAGAUACAGCCCAUUCGAAUAUACAAGCGCCGCAUAAGAAAUGGCAUCUCCUGCUUUGAAGUUCUGUGGAGGAAACCAGAUCAUUAUGUAUUUCCUGAAGACAGUUCUCAACAGGAGCCAGAUGUUGUGAGGACAGUGGAAGAGGAGAACUUGUUCUCUAUUGCAUUCCCACACAUCGUUCAGCUUUUCCACAAGGAAACAGCAGAGGCCAAAGACAACAAAUCAAAGAGAAAGAAAGCACCAAGGGCACAAAAGGAGAAGCUGGCAGAUUCCCCUGAAGUAGUCUUUGAUCUCUUUGCUCAGAUGUCUCUGCAGACAUCUACAGAAUCUGAAGCCUCAGCAUCUUCAGAGAUGGUCUUACCCAGCAUAAUGACUCUAGAAUCCACAACCGACCAGUGCUCCACUGCUACACUUGAUGCACCACAGCCCUUUCAAGAGCCCGCAAAUCAACAGGAGAUCCAGCCAGAGGUUCUCUCUUCCCCCUGUGAUACAGGCACAUAUUCUCAGGCCCAAAGCUCCCCUUCUGUAUCUGGUGUGCUUGAUGAGCUGCACUUGAGCAAUAUUGACUGGGAUGCUUCAUCUUUCACUGCCUCCCCAUCUCCUCAGCCUCAGUGCUGUGUGGCUGAUCUAAGACUAGUGAGAAAAUCGGAUGAUGGAGCCAAAACAGCAGACUCUGGCUCAGCUACUGCUCUUGGGCCAGAAGAUGGAGGAUCAGCAGUUCCACAGGUUGAUGGUCUCUCUGAAUUUCCACUGAGGGAGAGGGUCAUUAUGAUGAACAUAAUAAAGUCUGCUGACUCUUUGAAUGAAGGAGAACGCUCAACCAAGACCAAAGUUCACAAUAUUGAUUUUGACAUGAAGAAUGCUGACUUAGCUAACACUUUCCACCCAUCUUGCAAAUUACUAUCUACGAAUCACGACGUUCUUCUCUGCUCACAGAGUCAAAAAUCAGAGCCUAGUAUACUUAACCCCUGUGCGCCAGCUUCAAAGGAAAAAAACGUCUCCACAAAAGCACAGCAGCCCAAAGAGUGCCUCCCUCAAGUGCGACCAAAAUACACAUUUGCUAAACCGAAAGACUCUUUAAUCUCUUCAGUACUGCCUCAGAGAAGUUACUCUGACUUCAGCUAUAAGAGAUCACCUAGUGGCACUGCCCAGAUAAACCAACAGAGUUUGUCUAAAAGAAAUGUUUGUAUUAACCAGGGUUCUUCCAGUGAAGACAGUGAUGCAGAGAAUCACCCUGGAAAAGAUCAAAUGAAAAGCAAAGUCAAAGCCAAGGCCAGGUGCGAACCACUUAUCGCUCAAAAAACUGUUCUAGCCCCUCACCUGACUAAACCGGACAGACUCAGUACGUUUCCCAUAGAAGAGCAGCUAAAUAUGGUACACCCCAAUCAGGCUUCAGACUCUGAGGAAGGUAAUUCCAAUGAUUUGAUGGAUAGCCCUCGGCCACUAGCAGAGAGGUUAAAACUUAAAUUUAUUAAGUAAAAAAUGUGCAUUUUCUGUAAUUGUUAAGCCCAGAGCACACUGACCCAAAACCAUGUUACAAACCCAAACAUCGAGUUGGUGUGUCAUACCUGUGUGAGAUUGGGAAUCAGAAUGUUUUGCAUUCACUCUGGUUCAUUUGUGUUCUCAGUUCCUCUUCUGGAACAGUAUAAAGCCAAAUACCAGCAACAGAAUAUUGGUGUGUGUUGGGUUAGUGUCCCAUGAUAUUUAGUGAA